CCUCUUGGUCCAGGUAAAAUUUUGUCACAGAGUGUCAUAAGAUGUGAGAAUGAAGAAUGGAAGAGAAUUCGAUCAUUGUUGUCUCCAACCUUCACCAGUGGAAAACUGAAGGCGAUGUUUCCCAUCAUCCAACACUAUGGAGAUGUGCUGGUGAAAAAUAUGAAUCUGGAAAUAGAGAAACACAAGCCCAUUGCCAUAAGAGACGUUUUUGGUGCCUACAGUUUGGAUGUGAUAAUUCACACUUCAUUUGGAGUGAAGGUGGAUUCCCUCAACAACCCUCAGAAUCCUUUUGUGAACAACAUCAGGAAGCUUUUAAUACUUAGCUUUUCCAAUCCAUUCAUUUUCUCAAUGGAAAUCUUUCCAUUUCUUCACCAAAUAUAUAAUAAACUAAACAUCUCCAUGUUUCCAAGUGAUGCUAUAAAUUUUUUUACAAAAUUUGUAGAGAAGACCAAAAAAAAUCGGCUUGAAAAUAGCAAAGAGAACCCAGUAGAUUUUCUUCAGCUGAUGAUGAACUCCCAAAAUUCCAACAAUAUGGAGGAUUCCCAAAAAGCUCUCUCUGAUCUGGAGAUUGUGGCCCAAUCAAUAACAUUUAUUUUAGCUGGCUAUGAGACCACAAGCAAUGCUCUUUCCUUUAUUAUGUAUAUACUGGCCACUCACCCUGAUGUCCAGAAGAAACUCCAGCAAGAAAUUGAUGCAAUUCUGCCCAAUAAG